CCCUACUUGGUCACAGUCCCGGACACUGCCUUGGCAGGCCGUCAUGUCAUAUCUGGCAGUUUUUCAGUCCACACACAGGGGAAUUCUCAGCCACAACCUCUGUAUCUGGUAGCCGCAGAUGGACACAAAAACAGUUAGAAAAAUGUGAUUCUUGCGCAGGGAAGUUGGAGCAUAAAAGAGUUUAGAAGUGGGCGGAUGUGUUUAAAAAGGGGGGGGAGGGGUGGAAACCUCACCAGCCAAGUCUGUAGAAGAAAAAAUAAAUGAAGUCUGCCUAUCUGGUGCUAGAGCCCCUCCCUUCGGCCCGCGCAGAGUGUGACCCAGGGGCCUCUUCCUCCAGCUGGUGAGGGUCAGAAGCAGGCCCGUGCGACCCUCGCACCGCUCCACGCGGCCCCUCGGCCCACUGCUUGACCGCGCCCGGCACGGUCGGCGAUGAGCGGCCUCAACGCGACGUCGCCAACCCACCACCAGUCUGACACCGGGAUGGCCUGGACCCCAAUGGACAUCGCCAUCAUUGCAGGUGAGCUGUCCAGGAACCCUUCAAGCAACCAGGAGAGUCAGAGGAAAUGCCCAGGGAAGAAGCCACCUAAAGACUCAGGUGUGAUCACCACCGUGGCCUUCGUCCUGGUCAGCCUCCUCCUUCUCAUGCUACACUACAUGUACAGGCACAAGGGCACUUACCACACCAAUGAGGCCAAGGGCACGGAGUUCGCUGAGAGUGCAGACGCAGCCUUGCAGGGGGACCCGUCCCUCCAAGAGACCGGUGACAGCAGCAGAAAGGAGUACUUUAUCUAAAGGACACCAGGCCUCAUCACCCCCAAAGCCGCCUCUGACUCCAUGACUUCACUCUGCCACCUGCCCCACCAAGCAGACUGCGAGAGCACCCUUCUCAGCCCAAGAUAGGCACUUGUCCUGGGAACACCGGGUGCCGGGCCAGGGAGCUGGGAGGAAUAGAGGAGUAAAGCCAAGAGAGGCCUCUCCCAGGGACCCAAGGAUGCAGUAACCAUCCAGGAGGCCAAUGUUUGCUCUACCAGAGGGAGAAAGUGUCCUCCUGGGCAGUGCAGUUUGUCAUCAGUAUGAUAUGAAAGUAAUUGCUGGGUGUGAAUGGUGCAGGUGGGCCUGGGAGCAGGGGAAGCAAGAAAGUGAGUCAUCAGUAGGCUGACUGGGGACAAUGGCAUCAAAUGUCAGUCCUUGACAUUUGGAAGAAUAGCAAGGGACAGAGCUAAAGGUACCUUUGUCUCUUGUUGAUCCAGCUCUAAGUGAUUGGAAAUAAAUCUGAAACGUAACUGAG